GGCACAGCUCAGGAUUUGUUUAAACCUUGGGAAACUGGUUCAGGUCCAGGUUUUGCUUUGAUCGUUUUCAAAAACUGGAGACGCAGAAGAGGGCUCUAGGAAAAAGUUUUGGAUGGGAUUAUGUGGAAACUACCCUGCGAUUCUCUGCUGCCAGAGCAGGCUCGGCGCUUCCACCCCCGUGCAGCCUUCCCCUGGCGGUGGUGAGAGAGACUCGGGAGUCGCCGCUUCCCAAGGGCCCGCCGCGAGGGAGCUCUCGCCCCAGUCAGCCAAAUGCUCCUCUUCGGGCUUCUCCUGCUGACAUCCGCCCUGGCCGGCCAGAGACACCGCGCUCAGGCUGAGUCCAACCUGAGUAGUAAAUUCCAGUUGUCCAGCAACAAGGAACAGAACGGGAGGAACUAUACCCAAGCAUCUGGACUGGCAUAGAAAAGAGGAGAAAGAACAUUUAAAAGGAGUGCAAGCUCCCCAGCAUGAAAGAAUUAUUACUGUGUCUACUAAUGGAAGUAUUCACAGCCCAAAGUUUCCUCAUACUUAUCCAAGAAAUAUGGUCUUGGUAUGGAGAUUAGUAGCAGUAGAGGAAAAUGUAUGGAUACAACUUACAUUUGAUGAAAGAUUUGGGCUUGAAGAACCAGAAGAUGACAUAUGCAAGUAUGAUUUUGUAGAAGUUGAGGACCCCAGUGAUGGAACUGUAUUAGGGCGCUGGUGUGGUUCUGGGACUGUGCCAGGAAAACAGAUUUCUAAAGGAAAUCAAAUCAGGAUAAGAUUUGUAUCUGAUGAAUAUUUCCCUUCUGAACCGGGGUUCUGCAUCCACUACAACAUUGUCAUGCCACAAUUCACAGAAGCUGUGAGUCCUUCAGUGCUGCCCCCUUCAGCUUUGCCACUGGACCAGCUUAAUAACGCUGUCGCUGCCUUUAGUACCUUGGAAGAUCUAAUUCGGUAUCUUGAACCAGAUAGAUGGCAGCUGGACUUAGAAGAUCUGUAUAGGCCAGGUUGGCAACUUCUUGGCAAGGCUUUUGUUUUUGGAAGAAAAUCCGGAGUGAUGGAUCUGAACCUUCUAAAAGAGGAGGUAAGGUUGUACAGCUGCACACCUCGUAACUUCUCGGUGUCCAUAAGGGAAGAACUAAAGAGAACCGAUGCUAUUUUCUGGCCAGGUUGUCUCCUGGUUAAACGCUGUGGUGGAAAUUGUGCCUGUUGUCUCCACAAUUGCAAUGAGUGUCAAUGCGUCCCAAGCAAAGUUACUAAAAAAUAUCAUGAGGUCCUUCAGUUGAGACCAAAGAUCGGUGUCAGGGGCUUGCAUAAAUCUCUGACUGACGUGGCCCUGGAGCACCAUGAGGAGUGUGACUGCGUGUGCAGAGGGAACGCAGGAGGAUAACACAUCGGCCAGGCAGCUGUGUCCCCACAGUGCGCUCAGCGCUGACUCCCGUAGGACUGAUGCCUUACCGCCAUCCAUAAUCUCAGUUGUUUGCUUCAGGGACCUUUCAUCCUUCAGGAUUUACGUUGAGUUCUAAAAGAGGAGACACCAGCCGGAAUUAGGAGUUGUGCAACAGCUCUCUUGAGAGGAGGCCCAAAUGACAGGAGAAAAGGUCUCCGGGCGUGGAAAAAAAUAUUAAAUGUUGUAGAUCACUAGCUAGUUACAGAGUUCCCAUGCACUUACUCAGCUGGCUGUGUUCUAUAUUUCAGUUGCCUUGAUAUGACUUAGGUUAAUGUCAGUACAGGAAAGAAAUGUGUGCAGAUGAGCACCUGAUUCUAUUGCCUUGCUUAUUAACUCUCAAGCUCCAUGUUCUGGGCCUAAAAUCACAGAAAUCUGGAAUUUUUUCCUUAUAAUCACAUAUAUAAACAGGAGUGUUCUAUGGUCUACAAACUUGGUUUUUGAAAAAAAGGAACUGUGUUGCUAUAAAUCAAACUUGUGUCAUGUUGAUAAGAAAGACUGGAUUUUCCAUAUUUCUUAUAAAAAUUUCUACCAUUUAGAAGACAUGAACUACAUUCAUGGUUUGGAGGAGACAAACCUGAAAAGAAGAGUGGCCUUAUCUUCACUUUAUCUAUAAGUUGGUUUAUUUGUUUUAUUGUGUACAUUUUUAUAUUCUCCUUUUGACAUUAUAACUGUUUGCUUUUCUAAUCUUGUUAAAUAUAUCUAUUUUUACCAAAGGUAUUUAAUAUUCUUUUUUUUUUUUAUGACAACCUAGAUCAACUAUUUUUAGCUUGGUAAAUUUUUCUAAACAGAAUUGUUAUAGCCAGAGGAACAAAGAUGAUAUGAAAUAUUGUUGCUCUGACAAAAAUACAUGUAUUUCGUUCUUGUACGGUGCUAGAGCUUAGAUUAACCUGCAUUUUAAAAUAUUGAAGUGGGAAAUGAAUAGAAUUUGGUACGUUGUGAAGACUUUUGAAAAUAAGUAAGUUAUCAUAACCUCCACUCCUAUUGUUGGAGAUGCAAAUAAAAAGUGGCAUAUGGAAAUAGGCAUUCAGAUCCAUCAUUACUAUCCCCGAACCCUGAUUGUGGGAAAUGCGAGCCUAGCUCAGAAGAACACAAAGCACCUUGAAAAAAGAGACUUGACGGCUUCCUGAAAAGUGUGCUCUGCUGUCCUGUAGGAACACAUCCUAUUUAUUGCGAUGUUCUGGUUUUAUUAUCUUGAAACUCUCUUCCACACACUUGUAUAAAUACAUGGAUAUUUUAAUGUACAGAAGUAUAACCAGUUCACUUAUUGUACUCUUUGGCAAUUGAGAAGGAAAUCAGUAAAAUACUUUGCUUGUAAAAUGCUUAAUAUUGUGCCUAGGUUAUGUGGUGGCUAUUUGAAUUAAAAAUGUAUUGAAUCACCAAAUAAAAGUAUGCAGCUAUUUUGGGG